AAUAAAACAAAUUUUAUUUAUUUAAUUAAACAAAGUUUUCUUGCGAUUGGCGUCGUUAAGUAAAAUUUCUGUCACAUCAACAUCAACAGUUAGCAAUUUCAUCCAAUCAGGAAGUAGCUUUCAAUUCAGUCCGGAGCACUUUGGCGGUAAAAAUGGAUGGAUUGUUUGAAAUGCCCAGAAUUUGAAUCUGAUCUGCGGCAUUUCCUCUUAUGGAAGCAAGCUUUCUUCACCCGAUCUCCUAUGGUACUUCUGGAAUUCGGUACUUUGCUCACUGUUGAAAUCACCAAGUUGGUGUGGACCACUUCCGAAAAACAAGACACAGCAAACAAUAAUGAAAAGGAACAAAAUUGUGAAGGACAAUCGCUCUCAUUCAUGUGUCCCAAGUGGAACCAAACCAUUAGCUUCAGGUGAAAGUUGUCUAAAUAGCAGAAGAAAGCUUGACUUCAAAAACAAACUUCCACUUGAUGGUAAAAGGAUUUAUCUUGACUUAAGAGGAUUAAAACAGAGGAAUGUUGAAGAAAGUUUAAGCAAAUUUGGAGCAAUCAUUGAGAAAUUCCUCAGCAAAGAGAUCCAUUACUUUGUUACUGAUCAGUCAAAAGUAAAAGAGAAAAAUGAUGAUCCAAAUGCCUCAGGAAGUCCAAGUGUCUAUAUGUCAAGCCCAUUCAACAGUGGCCAAACUCCAUCCCCUUCAACUUUUGACAAAAAGGCUCUCUCGGUUACUCGUGGAAAAGCCAUGCUACAAUGUGUUAAAAUAGAUUCUGUUCCUGAGAAUAUUGUUGACAAAGCAAGAAAACUUGGAGUCAAGAUUGUGCCCUAUACAAGUUUAAUGAAAUGGAUCAACAAAGAGAAGACUCUGUUAGAGAAUGCCAAAGCAGCUUGUGCAUCAAGCUUAAAAGCCAAAAUUGUGGUAAAUGUUAAACCCCAGUUCCUUGUGCUUUGUACAUGUGCGUGUGAGAAAGUGAGAGUUGGUAACUCCUUGCCUUGA